ACACUGUUCAGGUCUCCAUUACUACCUCGGCGCUCGCGCUGUCAACAUCACUGAGUUGGAUCUGGUUUGAAAGGACGACUGACGCAGUUUCUCUCUCGAACAUGAUCCCCACCGCACCUCAUGACUUGUGAUCUCGUUUGUGUCCAUUUCUUAUGUUACUGUAUUUGUCGAUUCGUGUGUCACUACUUACUGCCCACAGGAGACCUUGUGCUGUGUUGAACACUUGAUGCAAGAGUAACCAUGGUGCUUGGACUAGCUGCAAAUGUUAGUGCAUCGUCGGGUAGUGGAGGUAGCUCGGGAGGUCCUGUGGUUCCAACGCCCUUAGUCGCUCUCCCCACUCUGUCCUUCACUGCUUCUCAAGUGGCGGCCGUUUGCGAAACGCUAGAGGAAAGCGGCGACAUGGAGAGACUGGGUAGGUUUCUGUGGUCUCUGCCCGUGGCCCACCCCCACCUCCACGACCUCAACAAACACGAAGCCGUGCUGAGAGCGCGCGCCCUUGUGUCCUUCCACGUGGGGAACUUCCGUGAGCUGUAUGCCAUCAUAGAAUCACAGCGUUUCUCUAAGCCGUCGCACGCCCGCCUGCAGGCCCUUUGGCUGGAAGCCCACUACCAGGAAGCCGAGCGCCUCAGAGGGCGACCCCUCGGCCCCGUCGACAAGUACCGCGUGAGGAAGAAGUUCCCCUUCCCGAGGACCAUCUGGGACGGCGAGCAGAAGACGCACUGCUUCAAGGAGAGGACGAGAUCGCUCCUGAGGGAGUGGUAUCUGCAGGACCCUUACCCGAACCCGAGCAAAAAGAGAGAGCUGGCGUCGGCCACGGGCCUCACGCCCACACAAGUCGGUAAUUGGUUCAAAAACCGACGGCAACGAGACAGGGCGGCUGCUGCUAAAAAUAGAAUGAUGAACGGUCAGCACGGCGGCAGCGGGUCGUCUAGGUCAUCCGAAUCCCGUGACCCCCACCAUGACGAUGACGACGAUGACCUCAUCAAUCCGGGGUCGCCCACCCCCUUAGAUGAUAGCGAUGACGAGGAUCUGUCUCUUGGUACGCAUUCUCCACCGCCGGUGUCGGAGAGUCCCCUACCACCGACCACGACCUCCAGCGAAGGCGGGGUCAUCACCCCUUCCUCCAACACCACCUCCCCCCACCCAGCUUCCGUCUCCCCCCACCCAGCCAGCAUCUAGCUUCCCAUCUCCCCCCACCCCUCCUCCAUAUCCCCCCACCCGUCGACGUCCCCUCCCCAGAACUCGCCGCUGCCCCUCACCAAGAGCGACGCGUCCCCGACGACGACGGACCUCCUGACGGCGGCUUCGGGAGAGGCGACGAAGCCUUACCUGGUGCCACCGAUGUCGUCCCUGCCGCUCAUGACGUCCCUGGCCACGUCUCUGGCCUCCCCUCUGUCGCUGAGUUCGCUGCCCUUCUCCUCCAUGGCCACCGGAGAGGGCUUCAAGUUCCCCUCGCACCCGUUUCUACCUCAUCCUCACCCGCUGCUACACCCUUUCUCCCUGCAUCACCCGCUGCCUCUAGUCAACCCUCACACUCACCCUUUCUUUUCGGCUCUCUCGCCGCCCAAUCACUCCGCCACGUAAGGACCUCCUCCUCCUCCUCCUCCUCCUCCUCCUCCUCCUCAGUGGGCCCCCGCCCCCUCUCUCUCUCUCUCCUCUUCUUUCUUGCCCUUUUGUCGUCAUCUCUCGUUGUUGUUAUUCUUCUUGCAUAUCAUCCCUUCUCUCUGUCUCACACUCUCAUAUCUUCGGUAUCAACUCGCCAUUCGUUUUUGUCAUAUCUUUUUUUUUUUUUACAAUUUAUUUCUUUAUUGUUUCUUCUUCAUUGCUGAGAUCAAGAAAAGAUGUUCAAAGGAGUUUGAUGAAUCUAGAGUUUGACUGUAUACAUUAUGAUAUGGAAACGUCAUUAUUCAUCUCACUGAAGAAAAAAGAAUCAAUAUAUUUAUCAAUAUCAGUUAUCCAAGGAUAUUUUUACUCCAUAUGAAACAAUAUUUUCAAUAAUCAAAUUUUUUUUCUGGGUGCCAAAUACAUCAGAGGAUGAAAUGGAAGACGUGAUAAAUUUCCAAGCUGAUCUGAAUGUUUUUGAUACACUCGCCUUAGUCUCUCUCUCUCUCUCUCUCUCUCUCUCUCUCUCUCUCUCUCUCUCUCUCUCUCUCCCAAAACUGCUUGUCCGAUAGUAGGAACUGUGAAUUCCCGUGCCAAAUACUUGUCAUCAUCCCAGCGUUCUAAUUUUACACUUUCCUUUUGCAAGUUUCCGGUACUCAGUUCGGAGAGCGUAUUUUUAGAACUGGUCUUUGCGGCUUUUGCAAGGAAACGCCUCCAGAAGAAAUGUGAUAAUAUUGUUUCCGAGUCAUCUUUCGGUAACUUUCUGAGAGAGAGAGAGAGGGAGAAAGAGAGAUUUCCCUUUCCUUUCUCUGUGCCAUUGCGCAAAACAGCUUCCGAAGGUCAAGCUCUGCCCGCCAAUGCAAAUCCCGGGUAUUACGUCACCCUUCCCGGGAACUGAGGAAAUUCUCGUCUUGGGUAUUUUUAGAUCUGUUUCCAUUUUGAUGGAGUUCGGAUUUCGUAAACACUGAAGAAGAAGAAGAAGAUGCUCCAUUCCUCCUCUUGGUCAGACAGGAUGUCUCACUUUAUUCUUGAUCUCAGUCUAAGAAAUAUUCUUAAACUUUUCUCACAUAUUCUCCUUUCACUCAAUGAUUUCUUAAACCAUUUUAUAUCUUCUCAACUUCGCCAUUCAUUCAUUCAUCACCCCCCCUCAUCGCCACUUAUUCAUCAAUUGUUCACUGUGUCAAGUCCAAGCGUUCAAAGAAUGGUUCAUACACUGAAAGUGACUCGGUCCGCAUUUUUUUUUUCCCUUCAUCUUCUUCGCCAGAUCAGUGUUCAUGUUCACCAGUUCAAGUCAUCCCGCGUCAUCGUAUUUUGGAACAAACAGAAUUUGGUGUGGAAUAAUCAAUGUUUAAUUACAUUCUUUGUCUCGUAAUAGAUUUAUUAGUGAACCAGUGUGCUAGAUAAAAAAAAUAAAAGUGGAACUCUCUUUUUAUGUACAUAGGAAAUCUUAUUAAGGACUAUAUUUGUUAGAAUUAAUCCUAUCGAUGUUAUUUAAUUUACCUGAUGAUAUUUUAAAAGUCGUGACCUGAAUUGUUGAGAAUAAAAAAAAAAAAAAAAAGUUUCCGGUAUUUUUUUUUUUUUUUUUUUU